GGCGCUCGGUAUUUUCCGUGAUGUUUGCCGCCACAACACCUGGCUCCAUAAUGACAGCCGAAUCCUCCUCUCACCAACUGGUGGGGUACGUUACUAAGAUGUACCCUACAUUCGGAUAUAUUAAUAAUGAAAUUUUUUUCCAGAGGAAAUGUGUAAUUGGUCCUAUGGUUGAGGUAGGAGAUAAUGUUGCUGCAAGCGCAGUUUAUCAACCUCACAUGCCUAUAAAGUGGAGUGCCGAAAAAGUCUGGCGAGUUGAGGAACGUCGCGGCAAAUCUAGAGAUAAAGCAGAAGAAAGCAGCUACUGGAAGAGUCAGUCCCCGCGUAAACACUCUCCACGUGAUAACUACACUAAACCAGCAUCACGUGAACGAGAAGUUCAUCAAUCCAGCGGCGAUCAGCGACGAGUAGAUAAGAAGCGUUCUCAUGUUCUUAACAGAGAUGACCACUCAAUCAAAAAAUCUCCGAAUCGUGACCGAAGAAGAACUCCUGUAGAUCCUGUUUCAACGCGACACUCCUCUCCCACGACUGACUUGUAUUGUAGGACUCCGAUCAACCCAAAACGUAUGCUGAAUGUGAAAGAGUACUUGUUCUCAGACCUACAAAGACGCUUCCCUAAUGUUCUCCCGCCAGUUGACUUGUAUCGAGUUAGAUGCAAUUGGCAAGAAUCAUUCCCAUUACUGCGACCUUUUCAGCCUCAAUACCUUACAACUUUCCAGAUAAUUAAAGAACCUGAAGACGCUUGUGACGAUGUGCAUCAUUCUUACAACAAUGAUAGUGGUUUUGCUGCGUAUGUCUUACUUUUGUCACUCCCGGCAAUGGCAGAACUUAUGGAGAAGAUAGUUGUCCGAGCAGAGUCGCCUAGUCGUGUACGCGGCUCGCUACGUAAGUACAUCAAGAUACUAGCUGCUGGAAAGGUUGAUGAAAGACUCAAGGCUAUUGGAGGUUCGUGGAGUCGUGAUUUAGACGGGCCAGACCCAGCUACAAAUCCUCAAACUCUUGUCAACACGGCUAUUCGUAAUUGUAAACAACUUAUUGGUCUCGAUUUAUCGUAUUGCACACAGUGGCACCGUUUCCUGGAGUUCCGCUAUAGUCGUACUGAAGGUUCAACUGCCCAACCAACCUCAGUCUUAUUUCCUGGCUCUCAACUUUGGGGUCGACCCGUCACAGAAUCUCCUGAAUCUGAUAUGAUUCCUCCAAGCAAACCGUUUCAUCAAAUUGUCGUAUAUUUUAUUCCAAAUGUUUGGUCACUCAUGCCUACAGACGAAGAAUGGUCGACUGUAAAGCUGGCUUAUGAAAAUAUCUUGGCUUCAAAAGAACCUAACGUAUUUCCAAUGACUCCUUCCAACUUGAAGAAGUUUUCUGGUUUAGAAUCUGCUUUUAAGGGAACUGGUGACGGGAAAUUAAAUGUGGCGAUUGAACUGGAUUCAAAUUCACUGAAGUCACCUACUCAAGACAAUGCAUAUGAAGAUUCCAAUGUGUCUAAAAUGGAUGAAGGCAACAAGUCAACCUUCAAGCGCCUGUUGAAUUCCAUCGCUCUACCCGUAUUUGGCUGGUCAGGAAACUGUUCCAAAAAUAGCAAUUAUCUCCGAGACAGAGGAUGGGUCCGAAUCUGUGGAUUUAGCAGCUCAAGGAAAUCCAAAUCAGGAGGUUGCUACCUAACUUACUGUUGUCAUAUUAUGUUCCUACAGUAUAUCUAGCAUUUAGUCAUUUAAUUUGCAUAUGAAGUCUGUAAUUUAUUUACGAUCAUGAUAAUGCAAACAACUUUCAAGGUAUCAUAGUAACUGUUAUGUUUAUCUGUUUUUUCCGUCAGGGAACUGAUAAAUGCCAGAAAAAGCUUCAUACUGAACUUAACUUAGCUAGCAUGAAGGUUUCCGAACUGCGUGAACAGUUAAAAGCUCGUAAUUUGCCUACUGAGGGAGUAAGAGCUCAGUUGUUGACUCGUCUCAAAACGGCAAUCC